GAAGGAAAGGCUCCGACGCUGGCCCAGCCCGCGCAUUUUCAAAGCGGUUGCUAGGACAACAGGCAAGGUCUCUCUCUCCCUCUUGGCCUCCGGCAGCAAAGGAGGCUGAGCCCCCAGUUGGGGAAGGAGGCAGAAAGGCCUCCAAUGGGGCUGAGGAAGGGGGAGCUUGCCAGGGGCAAGAAGAGGGGCCUGCUUUCUCCCCCCAAAACCAAACCCUGCAGGGACUGAACUCAGGAAAGGAGCCUCAGGGACUCCCUUUGGAAGGCCAGGCCUAGCAGUUAGGGCCUUUGUCGGGCCUCCCAAGGGAGGGCAGAGGCAACAGCCACAACCAGAAACUUCUGAAAGGGGAAGGGAGCCAGCUAAGAAAGUCGGUUAUUCUCCGGAAGAUAUUUAAAAGCCAGGAGGGCUCUGCAGGGUUGGCAAUGCCAGCCAAGGGCCGGGUUGGUCGAGGGGAGGCUUUGGGAGCGGAAAUUGAGCGGGCGAUCGAGACCAUUCAGCAGGGUGGCACCCCAGAUCCAGAGUCAGGCGAACCCCGUAAUCUGGGUCGGUUAGGAAUGGUGGCCGAGGGACGGCCCAGGCGUGACAAGUGACUCUGUGGAGUCCUGAGUCUGCAUUUGUGGCAGUUCGUCGGAGGGAAUUUCUUGGCAGGGAAAAAGAGGCAGCCUCUUUUUGUUUGGGGGGCCAUCCUGACUUAGCAGGAAGCCUCCUUGGUGGCACUCUGUCUCCUUAGUUGUUAGUCCCCUUGGUAGGACUUGAAGUGCCUAGAGGUGUUUCUAGCUAAGACUGGGGCAACAAGUGGAAGACACAAGCUUGUACCCAUAGGAGGUCUUCGCUGUACUUGGCCACCCAAGUUGGCAUGGGCUUGCUAGUUUGGGGUUUACCAGUGAGUUCCGCGUUGUCAGCAAGACAGCAGUGGUGCUGUCUUUCUGUCUUUUUAAGCCUGCAUUUAAGCUGCCUUGGGGUUGAGGAAGGUGACUGGUUGCAGGAAGAGAUUCUAAGGAAUAGCAUAGGAGUGGGUGCCCAGGCUGUGGCUGCCUUGCAAGAGUGGUUUGCAUAGCAAAAGUGUUGGCCUGGUGAGACAAGCAAGAUGCCGCUGAAUCCCAAAGUGGACCCGAGGUACUUUGUCUUGAUCAGGCCCCUGCCCAUCCCCUCCCAGAAAGGCCAGAAGGUGCAAGCUCGAAGCAGCACCAACUACAACUGCUGGGAUGUCACGAGAGAGCAUGUCUUCCGGGAAAAUUACCACCGGAGGAUCAAACAACUCACGCAGCAGGGCUACUUUAGUCCCACUUGGAAACCCUACCAGGACUUCGCAGACCCUCUUUACCUUGAUCCAAAGAAACUCACCCUCUAUGGUCUGGGGCAGCUCCCUACGGAAUUCCUGAGAGAGGAGAUCCCCCACACUGAAGCCAUCGAGCACGAGGAACCUGCUAAGCUUAAGAAGCCAACACCAACAGAAAAGGAACCUGAAAAGAAAGUUGUGACAUUUAGACACUUAGAAAAGGACCUGAGGAGCCUCCAUAGAGACCUUUCACACACACGGCAUUUGAUUAACUCCGUCAAGAUGGGCCGCGGAUAUUUCCAUACCCUUCGCAGAGAAGCCACGGAGAGAAAGAACGCAAUCCUGCUAGAACAGCAGAAAGAAGAGGAGAGGUUGAAAACAGAGUUCCAGCCCCCCAGCUAUCCAUCGUCCUCGUCCUCGGACGAAAGCGCAUCCGAUGAGGAACCCACUGAUAUCCUUUUAACAGAAAGUCUCUUUCUGAGAGAAACUGAGAAGAAGAAGAAGAAAAAGAAGAAGAAGAUCAUCCACCCUUUCGUCCCGGUCCAUCACAGCCUUCUGGCAGAAAAGCAUCCAGAUGCACAUUUCCAUUCCAUAUUUCGGCAGCUGUGUGUGCUCAACUGGCUCUUGGAAGCUUUGACACUGGAUCCCAGCAGUAGUAUGAGGCCCCUGAUCACGUGCUGGAGCCCCAAGAACUACGGUGGCGGGAAAAGGUCCUUGAGAGUGAUCAAUAAAGAAAAGGCAGUGCAGAGUCGAUGGGAGCACUUUCUCGUACACUCAAAGGGCAGAAGGUAUACCCAGCGGCCCCCUUUCCGCUUCCAGACGGUCAAGAAAAUGCCCAAGAAGGCCUCGGCCCUAAGUGUGUCCAAGAUGAGUGGCCUGUCCUCUCCCCACAGCAAGACAACACUGACCAGCACAAGCUCUCUGACCCCCGCCUCAGAUGAGGUGGCCCAUCCGGCAUCGGACAGUGCCAAGGACGGGGACGAGAUGGAGUCCUGUUUCAGCAAGCAAACCAAGGAGGAGGAAGAGCCCAUGAGCUACUACCUGCAGACGUUGCUUCAGAUGAUACAUGAAGAUGUGGCCAAGAAUUUUAGCAAAGAAAAUUUGCUUUGGAACGCCAAUCUGCCCUAUUCGCACACUGUUUCCGCCCGGUCCAAUCCAGAAAGCGACGCAUCCGGCGGGCAAAGGGCCAAAAGCUCAGUUUCGUCUUCCAAGGAUGACAAACCCAGCACAGGAACGGUGAGAAUAGGGCUCCCAACGGAGCAGAGACCAAAGAGCACCCUGGCCGUGACCUUGAGAGAAGACAAAACCAUGCUGGCAACAUACAGGGUUGAAGACAGCUCCGAGCAGAUAAAUAAACCUCGAAGCGGCUCCUUCAUUCGGAGGAAGGAGGAAUUGUGCAACGAGAUGAAGGAACACUUUUGCGAUGUGGCUCAGGAAUCGGCCUUCAGGCUGCACGACCAGUUGGACAUCUUGGAGAAGAGGCGAGAGGAAAAGAGCACCCACAAAUUCCUGUGCCUGAGCCGUGUCACCAAGUUUCAAAAAGAUCUCGAGAGAAUGAGACAGGCAACCGUGAGGAAGCAACCAGAACAAGACGCAGAGACAGAGAACUGGUUUUCCACUUUGCUGGCCAAGAUCCCAGAUGACGUCAGGAGAGAGUAUGCUACCCAGAAAGUCCUGAGGAAGCUGGAACGGUUUGCUAGGAAUCCAGACCUGCGCAUCCGACCCCUCACCUUUCUGAAGGUGUUAGGAGAGCUUCGAAUUUGGGAAAUUUGCUCUCCAGAUGUCUGUGCUGCUGUGGAGUUUCUGCGUGAAUAUAUUGUGGAGAUGCCGGAGGAACAUUACAGAAGGUGGUUGCACUCUCGAGUUACAAUCCCAAAAAGAGCACACAGUGCCCCACCGCUGUGCUAAACAGCCACAAGGUCCAACUCCAGAGACCAAGGAAGACCUGCUAUGCUCUCGGCCAAGAGCUGGAGCAGACACUGAGGGCGCAUCCUCAGAAAGGAACGGUUAGCCCUGAAUGAGGCGGGCAAGACUUGAAGGGCAAUGCCCAAGCACUACCUCAGAGGGCCCCCCCAAUGCUCAUUCUCCAAUGUUCUUCCAACAUUGCAUCACAGAUGCAAAGUCAGAACAAGAGAAUUGAACAGCCCAAGUCAUUUUAAUGUUCCAGUCCUGUUUUGUGUUUUAGAUGUUCAAUUUAAUGUGUGUGUUGUGAAAGGGUGGGGAUAGUGCAAGCACCCAGUUAAGCGGCCUGGUAGAUCCUUGAAAGUGAUCAGCACCAGCCGGGGAAAGAGUCAGUCUUAGGUUUCUGGCCAUUUCCUGCAUUUGCAUGUUAUAUUCAUUUCUGGUUUUAAACUGUGUAAGCGUUUUGGUUUAGUAAAAACUGCAACUUGAA